AUGGCAGGGAUCUCACCAUGCUUGUCAACACAGGCUCGUCAAUAUCCAUGCUAUGACCAGGCAUGCUCCUUGCCACCCAUAUGGGAUGUGUGCAUACUUGGCUUGGAUUUUGAGGCCCUGCUGGACUGCAGGAAAGUGAUGCUGGGCUUGGAGUCAGUACAGGUGCAGAGGGUUGCCGCAGCUAGUGGUGGAGCCGAGGCAGAGGGUCAGGGCAGCGUAUGCAAGCAGUACCCUAGCCAGCGUAGGACAAUGGCAUCAUUCACGAAUGAAAUCAUGCAAAUCUUAUACACCUUGGUAGCAAAGGAAGAAUUGGAGGUAGAAACAAACAUUACAAAGGGAACAGUCAUCAGCGGGGCCUGCGCUGCUGUUGGGGUGGUUCUCGGUGGCCCUUGUGGAUUGGUGGCAGGUGUUGCUGCCGGAGCUGUGUUGGGAAUUUGCUUCAGCAAGAGUUCUAAAUGUCUAACCGACGUCCUCAAGGGGCUAACACCUGACACGAAACAGAAACUCUGUGCUGGGCUUUGGCAGUUGCUUAAGGAGCUGGUCUGCUGGGCUGUGGAUGUCUUGAUUGCGAUGCUAUUGGGAGAUACAAAGUUAAAGAACGUGGUAGUGGAUUUCAUCAGAUCUUUUUUUGAGGGUUCACUGAAGAUGACGAUCAAGAAAAAAGCAUGAGACUGAGAAGGAAACACUAAAGAAAGAGUGUAAAUAUCGAAACGAGCACAGUCUAUCAGAACUUAC